UUCCCUAUUCCUUGAUCCUUCUUGAUAUCAUAACAUGGCUGAAUCCUUUGCAUUUAACAUUGCUGAUAAGCUUCUGGGGAAGGCCACCUCCCUUGUUGUCGAGCAAGUCUGCCUUGCAGGGGGUGUCUACAGCGAGCUGGAAAAUAUCAAGGCCACCUUAUCCACUGUCAGAGCCGUGCUCUUGGAUGCGGAGGAGCAGCAAGUCAACAACCAUCAGCUCACUGAUUGGCUUGGGAAGCUCAAGGAUUGCUUUUAUGAUGCAGAAGAUGUGCUUGAUGAAUUUGAGUAUGACUCUUUGCAGCGGGUAGUAGUGAGUGAGGGAGGCAUUAAAAGAAAGGUACGCCAUUUCUUUUCCAGCUCAAAUCCACUUGCAUUCCGCUUUAAGAUGGGUAAUAAGAUGAAGGAGAUUAGAGAGAGAUUAGAUAAGGUCGCAGCUGAUGCGGAUAAAUUUAAUCUCAAGAAAAUGGGUGUCAAUGUGCCUGUGCCUGUCCUGAAUAGGAAGAGGGAGAACUACUCCUUUGUGCGUGCUUCCGAUGUCAUCGGAAGGGAUGAUGAUAAAGAAAAUAUUAUACAGCUUCUGAUGCAAUCAAGCGAUGAGGAAAAUGUUUCUGUUCUUCCCUUGGUUGGAAUCGGUGGUCUUGGCAAGACUACUCUGGCCAAAUUAGUAUAUAAUGAUGGGAGAGUAGUUGCUGAUUUUGAGAAAAGAAUGUGGGUUUGUGUGUCAGAUGAGUUUGAUGUCAAAAGGUUAAUAAAAGAAAUCAUUACUUCUGCCACUCAUGGCAAAUGUGAUGAUUUACCCAUGGAUGAGUUGGCACGUCUUCUUAUAAAUGUAUUAGAUGAUAAUAAAUUCUUACUUAUCUUAGAUGACGUGUGGAGUAAGAAUCGAGAUAAAUGGCUUGAGUUAAAAGCCUUGCUAGAUGGCAGUGCUAAGGGAAGUAAAAUAAUUGUCACCACACGUGAUAAAUUGGUAGCCUCCGUCAUGGGUACUUGUCCCAUGUAUGAAUUAAAGGGUCUUUCUGAUGAGGAGUGUUUGUCUCUAUUUAUUACAUGUGCAUUCAAGGAUGAUCGAGAUAAACAAUAUCCAAGACUUGUGGGGAUUGGGAAGGAUAUUGUCAAAAAACGCAAAGGCCUCCCUCUGGCGGUAAAAACUUUGGGUGGCUUGCUUUAUUUAAAGGCAGAGGAAAAAGAUUGGUUGAGAGUGCGAGAUAGUGAAAUCUGGAAACUAGAGCAAAAGAAAGAUGAUGUUUUGCCCGCAUUGAAACUAAGCUAUGAUGAAUUGCCAUUUUAUUUAAAACAAUGUUUUGCAUCUUGUUCGCUUUAUCCAAAAGAUAUUCAAUUCAAUAACAUUCAGUUGAUUGAAAUGUGGAUGGGGCAAGGUUUGAUUCAACCAUCAGAACAAAACGAAGAGAUGAAAGAUAUUGGCAAUCGAUACAUUGAUGAGUUAUUACAAAAAUCAUUCUUUCAAGAUGUCGAGGAAGAUGUUCCGGGAUUCUUUUAUUGUUUCAAAAUGCAUGAUCUUGUACAUGAUCUUGCUUUAUUGGUGGCACAACCUGAGUGUAGCAUGUUAAAUUUUGAUAGUGAAAACAUUUCUACAAAAGUUCGGCAUGUUUCAAUUUUGAAAAUUGAUGAAACAAAGGAAGAAGAGACAAUUUCAAGAUUCUUUGGGAAGCUGAACAAUGUAAGAACCAUUUUAUUCCGAGAUCAUGAUGUUGGGCCAAAAUGUGAAUCAUUUGUCAUUACUUGCCUCUUAAGAUUUAAAUACAUGCGAGUUCUGAAUGUAGCAGAUUUGAGCUUCGAGGAACUACCAAAUUCCAUUUGUAAUCUCAAGCACCUCAGAUAUUUGAACCUAAUAGACAAUAAUAGCAUCAAGAAACUCCCGAAUUCUAUUUGCAAAUUGCACCAUUUGCAAACAUUGCAUCUAUUUGGAUGUGAUUCAUUUGAAGAAUUGCCAAGAGAUGUUGGGAAGAUGAUGAGUUUAAGGCAUUUGUCUGUAACAACACAACAAAUGGCUUUUCCCCACAAAGAAAGAGAGGUAGGGAGGAGAUGCUUCAACUCUCUUCGGAUUUUAAUCAUUGGGGGAUGUCCUAAUUUGGAAUCUCUUAUGGAAGGGAUGCGAAACUUCACUGCUCUUAGAACAUUGAUAAUUGCGGAAUGUCCACGUCUAUCGUCUUUGCCGAAACACCUACCUGCAUUAGAGAACUUGAUAAUAGGAGAUUGUGAAAGUCUUGAUUUGGGGAAUAGGAAUGGGGAAAAGGAAGGCAACAUUCAAGGCUUUGGAAGCCUACGAAAUUUGUUAAUUUCUAGGUUACCGAUGCUAGAGAUUUUGCCCAGGUGGCUAUUUCAAGUACCUACUUCUAACACUCUGCUUUACUUGGCCAUUGGCUAUUGUGAAAACUUUAGAGCAUUGUCGGAGGAGGAAGAGUCACUAAGUCUCACAUCCCUUGACACACUUGUGAUUAAAGGCUGCUCAGAACUCUUAGCUCUACCUGAGGGAAUGGGUCACCUCACUGCAUUAAGACAACUGCAGAUUGAACGUUGCCGUAACUUAGCCGCUUUGCCAGAGAAGAUGCGUCGCCUUACUGCCCUAACACAGUUGAAGAUUGAAGACUGUCCUGAAUUGGCUGAAAGAUGCAAACCAAGAAGAGGUGAAGACUGGAACAAGAUUGCUCAUGUACAAGAUAUAUAUCUUGAUGGCCAAAAGAUUCAGGUGAGGAAAAGUGGUCUUGAUGAAGCAGCUGCUGGAACAAGUGGAGAGGUAGAGGACUAAAGCUUUGUCUAACUCUACAAAUCACACUCUUGAAGAAUGGAAGCAUGUACCACUCAAUAACUGUCACUAUUGAAGCAGCAUUAAACUUUGUUCUGAUCUGAAGCAGCCACAGAUGGAGUUCCCUGGUGUGGUGCUGCAGCUUUACUUCAUUUCUCUGUUUGAUUCCGUUUUCUAGGCUGCUUGUAGAUGUUUAUUUCUCUGUAUCUUCAAAACUGGAUUCUUCGCUGUCCAUUUGUUUCUAUAUUUCGUUUUCAUAGAUUGAUUUGUGUUCAAUGUAUGUUUAAUUUAAGAUGCACAAGUGUGAAAGACCUAAUUGUGUUUGUUUUAUGAAGUUCAGUUGUUUUUA